AAUGAAUUAUUAUUAAAGAAUAAUUUUAAAAAUUACUUCACAUAAAUGUAUAAUUUAAGAUUUAUUAUGAUUUAAUACGUAAAUUUAAACAUUUGUGAAUUUUUAAUAAUUUUAGAUUAAAUCAAUAUGAAUCCUUUAACAAAUGUAAAAAAUAUAACAAAACUUGCUGAACAAGAUUUAAUUGGUAAUAAAAAAACAUCUUGGCAUGAUCAAUAUAAAGAUAGUGCUUGGAUAUUUAUUGGUGGAUUACCAUAUGAUUUGACUGAAGGUGAUGUUAUUGCAGUAUUCUCUCAAUAUGGUGAAAUUGUAAAUAUAAAUUUAGUACGUGAUAAGGACACUGGCAAACAAAAAGGAUAUGGUUUUUUAUGUUAUGAAGAUCAAAGGAGUACUGUGCUAGCAGUUGAUAAUUUUAAUGGUAUUAAGAUUUUAGGUAGAACAAUACGCGUUGACCAUGUAGCCAAUUAUAAAGCUCCAAAAGAAACGAAAAAUAUUGAUGAUGAAACUAAAAGACUGAGAAAUGAAGGUUGUGCCCCCAAAAAAUAUUAAAAAGUUAAAGUUUGUUAUGAAUGUACAUAAAAAAUGAAUAUAUUUGUAUUAAUAUAAAUGUA